AAAAGAAUAAAGCUGUAUUUAUGCUCAGAGAAAACUGGAUCAACAAUGAGGCCAAAGACUUUUCCUGCUACGACAUAUUCUGGAAACAGCAGACAAAGGUUGCAAGAGAUUCGAGAAGGUUUAAAGCAGCCAUCCAAAUCUUCAGGUCAGGGACUGCCGAUUGGAGCAGGCAGUGAAACUUCUCUAGACCCUAAGAUUUUAAUAGGGAAGGAUGCUGCAAGGCAGCAGCAGAUGAGACAAACGCCCAAGUUUGGACCAUAUCAGAAAGCUCUGCGAGAAAUCAGAUAUUCUCUGCUGCCCUUUGCUAAUGAGUCAAGCACCACAGCAGCCGUGGAAGUCAACAGGCAGAUGCUCCAAGAACUGGUGAAUGCAGGUUGUGAUCAGGAGAUGGCUGUUCGAGCACUGAAGCAGACAGGGAGCAGAAGUAUUGAGGCAGCCCUGGAGUACAUCAGCAAGAUGAGCUACUUGGAUCCUAGAAACGAGCAGAUAGUACGUGUAAUUAAGCAAACCUCACCAGGAAAGGGUAUUGUGCCAAAUAAUGUAACCCGCAGGCCAAGCUUUGAAGGAUCAAAUGAAUCUUUUCCGUCCUACCAUCAGAUCAGUAAUGCAGCCUAUGAAGGGACAGGCUUUGGAGCAGAAGGUGCAAAUAUGCUUACUGAGGUUCCAAGGCCAUACAUGGACUAUUUAAUCUCCACUUCCCAGUCUUCAGCUAUGACUGCUCCUGUACAGCGACCCUCUGGAGUAGGCACUCACAGCACACCAACGAGCCAUCAGCAGAAAGUUUACCCUGCAAAUAUGGAGUCUUCUGUGAUUAAUUAUCCAGUGGCUAAUCACAGCAGUCAGGCCUUGCAGCUGCAGGCAUCCCAUGGCUGCAACAGCCAACAUUACAGCAGGCAGCACAUGAUGGUGCAGGGGGAACCUAUGGGAUAUGGUGUUCAGCGGAGUCCCUCCUUCCAAAACAAGAUGCAGCAGGAGGGGGGAUAUGCCAAUCUCCCAAAUAAAGGGGCAGUUGUUCAGAACAACACUGGUCAUGCAUUUCAGCAGGCACCAGCAAGCCUGUAUAUCUCACAUUCUCAUCACAAACAGACAAGUCCUUCUUCUCAUCAAAUGCAUGUGAUAUCCAGAGGUCCAGCCUUUGCUAAUGAUUUUUCAGACAGUCCACCACAAAAUCUAUUAACUCCAUCUAGAAAUAGCCUAAACGUGGACCUCUAUGACAUGAAUAAUCCUCAAGUUCAGCAGUGGCAGGCAGCAACACCAUCACGCAGAGAUUCUUUACAAAACCCAGGAAUAGAAACAUCUCCACGGCAACACGUAUCCUUCAGACCUGAAGCCACAGUGCCCAGCAGAACAAACUCCUUCAAUAACCACCAGCAGCAGCCGCAGGUGACAGUGUCUAUGAGACAGGUUCCUCCAGGAAAAGCCGAUCCUUCCAUUACAUCUCCAAACACAAUCACGGCAGUCACAUCUGCUCAUAUCCUCCAGCCAGUGAAGAGCAUGCGAGUGAUGCGACCAGAGCCUCAGACUGCAGUGGGACCUUCCCAUCCUGGGUGGCUGCCUGCACAGGCACCAACUGUGGAUGGCUUGGAGAUCAUGGAGCAGCAUGUGCCACCGCCUGGAGCAGCUAAUGCCUAUCAGCUAGAUGUAGAUUAUGGUAACCAGGAACUGCGGUGUCCACCCCCGCCCUAUCCCAAGCAUUUGUUACUUCCUGGCACCUCUGAGCAGUUUGAUAUCAACUGCUUGUGCAUGGGCGUGGAGCAGACUCUGCGUGUGGUCCCCAGUUCAACAAGCAACAAGGUUGAGGAGAACAGUGAGCGAAAUGAUAAAAGCAGCAAGAGCACUAAAGCUGAAAAACCAAGCAAAGAUAAAAAGCAAAUUCAGACGUCUCCAGUGCCUGUGCGAAAAAAUGGCAAAGAUGAGGAAAAGCGAGAAUCCCGAAUAAAGAGCUACUCACCUUUUGCCUUCAAGUUCUACAUGGAGCAACAUGUAGAGAACGUCAUAAAGACCUACCAGCAGAAAAUUAACAGAAGGUUACAACUGGAGCAAGAAAUGGCAAAAGCAGGCCUCUGUGAAGCAGAACAGGAACAAAUGAGGAAAAUUCUCUACCAGAAGGAGUCCAACUACAACAGACUUAAAAGGGCCAAAAUGGACAAAUCUAUGUUUGUGAAAAUCAAGACUCUGGGUAUUGGUGCGUUUGGAGAAGUGUGCCUGGCCUGCAAAGUGGACACCCAUGCCCUGUAUGCCAUGAAGACUCUGCGAAAGAAAGAUGUGCUGAACCGGAAUCAGGUGGCUCACGUCAAAGCAGAGAGGGACAUACUUGCUGAGGCAGACAAUGAGUGGGUGGUUAAACUCUAUUAUUCCUUCCAAGAUAAAGACAAUCUGUACUUUGUGAUGGACUACAUCCCUGGUGGGGAUAUGAUGAGCCUGCUGAUUCGGAUGGAGGUCUUCCCAGAGCGUUUGGCUAGAUUUUAUAUUGCAGAGCUCACUUUGGCCAUAGAGAGUGUGCACAAAAUGGGAUUUAUUCAUCGAGACAUCAAGCCUGACAACAUUCUGAUAGACCUUGAUGGGCAUAUCAAACUGACUGACUUUGGACUGUGUACUGGAUUCAGGUGGACUCACAAUUCAAAAUACUAUCAGAAAGGGAGCCAUAUCAGACAAGACAGCAUGGAGCCCAGUGAUCUUUGGGAUGAUGUGUCCAACUGUCGAUGUGGAGAUAGGCUGAAGACAUUGGAACAAAGAGCUAAGAAGCAGCACCAGAGAUGUCUGGCCCACUCGUUAGUUGGAACCCCUAAUUACAUUGCUCCUGAAGUCCUGCUUCGUAAAGGAUACACUCAGCUCUGUGACUGGUGGAGUGUUGGUGUGAUCCUCUUUGAGAUGUUAGUGGGACAGCCUCCUUUCCUGGCUCCUACACCCACAGAAACCCAGCUGAAGGUGAUAAAUUGGGAAAGCACACUGCACAUUCCCUCACAGAUCAAGCUGAGCCCUGAGGCAACUGAUCUGAUCACAAAGCUCUGCUGUGCUGCUGAGGACAGGCUUGGAAGAAAUGGAGCAGAUGAUAUUAAAGCCCAUUCUUUCUUUCACUCUAUGGACUUCUCUACCGAUAUCCGUAGGCAGCCAGCACCCUAUGUUCCAAAGAUCAGCCAUCCAAUGGACACUUCAAAUUUUGAUCCAGUUGAAGAAGAAAGUCCUUGGAAUGAUGCUAGUGGUGACAGCACCAGGACCUGGGAUCCACUAGCCUCCUCCAACAGCAAACACACAGAACACGCUUUUUAUGAGUUUACUUUCCGAAGAUUCUUUGAUGACAACGGGUAUCCGUUCAGGUAUCCCAAACCUUCUGCAAUGGAAGUUUGCCAGUCUGAGAAGUCUGAUGUAGAAGACAAAGGUGUGGUGGAUCAGAAUGGAGCUUGUCAGCCUGUAUAUGUGUAAAUUAUUG